AUCUAGAUCUAACAAUCGAGUCGAAUUAAGGGUUUUCGUUCCAUGAUGAAACGCAAGGAACAUGAGAAGGGCAGCCGAAGCAUCUUGGAACCGAUCCCUCUUGAUCUGAAGAAGAUGGCUAGAUCGCCUGCAAAGAGUGUGACCCAUCACCAAAAAGAAGUCUACGAGUCAAGGGACAAGAGCCCAGGUAAGAAGCUACAUGUCUUCCUCCCUUACGAUAUGGAGGUGGAGACACUGACUAGAUUGCCUGGAAAGUCGCUUAUGAAGUUCCUAUGCGUGUCCAAGAAUUGGUAUUCCCUUAUCCGAAGCCAAAGAUUCGUCGCUUCUUACUACGCUGCCAAGCCAUCCCGUUUUGUAGCCGCUUUCACCAAUAGUGUAUUUGGUAAACCCGAGCGUCUGUUCAUCUUCUCGGGAGAGGAGGAGAAAACUUGUUCUUCUUCUUUGGUUGCCAAUCUAGACAUGACAAUACCCUCGGUGACCUUGCCUUGCAACGGCUACAAGUAUUCUUCCGUCCAUGGCUUUAUGGCUUGUAAUGAUGUUACAACUUUCAUUAUUUGUAACCCUAGCACGCGGCAAGUCCUUUCCUUUCACUGCAAGGCAUUUCGCACAUCCUUGGGAUACGAUCCUGUCCAUGAUCAAUUCAAAGCGUUGACCCUGUUGACAUCUGAGUUUGAUCAUAUUCAUAACCCUAGUUUGAUGAUGUGCACGCACGAGGUUAUAAGACUUGGAAGAGGAGGAGUAGUAGUAUCUCGUAGCAGCCAAGUUACCUCCCCGUAUUAUCUCCCUUUGACUGUGGGACUAAGCAUCAAUGGUUUCAUGUAUUAUGGUGCUUCUGUUCCAGUUCCAAAUGAAGAAGAGACUCCUCCUACUCCUGUGUUUGUGUGUUUUGAUGUUAGAAAUGAGAGGAUACUAAGUUUUAUCACAACGCCUAAGGAGGUCCUGGUUUGGCAGUCUUAUACAUCAUUGAUAGAAUACAAAGGGAAGCUAGCUGUCAUUGUACCAAACUGCUUGGGAUGUGCUUCUUCUUUCGACCGUUUUAAUCUUUGGAUACUGGAGGAUGUGACGAAACAUGAGUGGUCCAAACAAACAUUUGAGCUUCCCUUGCCUCUUCCCUUCACUCGUGCGCCGAUGGGUCAGAGAUUGAUCUCCCAAGGAACCAACAAGGCUGGUGAAAUCAUUUUCUCCCCAACAACUCUACCAGGCCGUGCCAAGCCCUUCUAUGUUUUCUACUUCAACACAGACACGAAGAGCGCCAGAAGAGUCAGGAUCCACGGUGUCGCAGAUACUGAAGAGUUCUGGAGCCGUUAUGGACUCACAGGCAUUUGUUGCGCCUCUUUCUCACCCCAGCACGCUGAUAGUAUUGCUUUUCUAUAAAAUGUGUGUGUUUUUAUGUCUAAGAGCUUGUUGACAAACAAAACCCUCUCGGGAUUUUUUUUUUUUUCUUUAUCAAAUAAUAUUUAUGCAGCAAACUUGUUUUUGUUUAUCUUUAUUGGCUCGCAUCUGUUGAUGGUUCUUUUUUUUCCUUUUCCUUGUUUAUUCUAGUUUCACAACUCUUUACUUAUAUUUGUAUAUACUUGUGUAUUGUGUUAUAUAUGCACUAGAUUUCUUUCAA